GUUGCAGGGCUGGGCGCGCGCCCCGCGUCCCGGGCAGGAAGAUGGUGGCGAGCGCGCGAGUGCAGAAGCUGGUGCGGCGCUACAAGCUGGCGAUUGCCACGGCGCUGGCCAUCCUGCUGCUGCAGGGCCUGGUGGUGUGGAGCUUCAGCGGCCUGGAGGAGGACGAGGCGGGCGAGAAAGGAAGACAGAGGAAGCCACGGCCACUGGACCCUGGCGAGGGUUCCAAGGACACAGACAGUUCAGCAGGACGACGGGGCAGCGCAGGCAGAAGGCAUGGGCGCUGGCGGGGCCGUGCUGAGAGCCCAGGAAUGCCCGUGGCCAAGGUGGUACGGGCAGUAACCAGCCGGCAGAGGGCCAGCCGGCGGGUCCCACCUGCCCCACCCCCAGAGGCCCCAGGCCGCCAGAACCUGAGUGGGGCAGCAGCUGGGGAGGCGCUGGUAGGGGCAGCCGGCUUCCCACCACACGGAGAUACAGGGAGCGUGGAGGGCGCCCCCCAGCCUACGGACAACGGCUUCACCCCCAAGUGCGAGAUCGUGGGCAAGGACGCGCUGUCUGCACUGGCCCGGGCCAGCACCAAGCAGUGCCAGCAGGAGAUCGCCAAUGUGGUGUGCCUGCACCAGGCUGGGAGCCUCAUGCCCAAGGCUGUGCCCCGGCACUGUCAGCUGACUGGGAAGAUGAGCCCCGGCAUCCAGUGGGAUGAGAGCCGAGCCCAGCAGCCUGUGGAUGGCCCCCCGGUGCGAAUUGCCUAUAUGCUGGUGGUUCACGGCCGCGCCAUCCGCCAGCUGAAGCGUCUCCUCAAGGCCGUCUAUCACGAGCAGCACUUCUUUUACAUCCAUGUGGACAAGCGUUCCGACUACCUGCACCGGGAGGUGGUGGAGCUGGCCCAGCGCUAUGAUAAUGUGCGGGUGACGCCCUGGCGCAUGGUCACCAUCUGGGGCGGGGCCAGCCUCCUAAGGAUGUACCUGCGGAGCAUGCGGGACCUGCUAGAGGUGCCUGGCUGGGCCUGGGACUUCUUCAUCAACCUCAGUGCCACUGACUACCCAACCAGGACCAAUGAGGAACUGGUGGCAUUCCUAUCCAAGAACCGGGACAAGAAUUUCCUCAAGUCACAUGGCCGGGACAACUCCAGGUUCAUCAAGAAACAGGGCCUGGACCGGCUCUUCCAUGAGUGUGACUCGCACAUGUGGCGCCUGGGUGAGCGGCAGAUCCCGGCAGGCAUCGUGGUGGAUGGCGGUUCUGACUGGUUUGUGCUGACACGCAGCUUUGUGGAGUAUGUGGUGUACACAGAUGACCUGCUUGUGGCCCAGCUACGCCAGUUCUACACAUACACACUGCUGCCAGCAGAGGUGGGUGACCCAGCAGGCAUGAAGGCCGGGGAGGGCAUGGGUUGGGCUGCCUACAGCUCACCUUCCACCCUCCCUUGCUGCUUGAAGUCCUUCUUCCACACGGUGCUGGAGAACAGCCUGGCCUGUGAGACCCUCGUGGACAACAAUCUGCGGGUCACCAACUGGAACCGCAAGCUGGGCUGCAAGUGCCAGUACAAGCACAUCGUGGACUGGUGCGGCUGCUCCCCCAACGACUUCAAGCCACAGGACUUCCUCCGGCUGCAGCAAGUCUCCAGACCCACCUUCUUCGCCCGGAAGUUCGAGUCGACUGUGAACCAGGAGGUGCUGGAAAUCCUGGACUUCCACCUGUACGGCAGCUAUCCCCCCGGCACGCCAGCCCUCAAGGCCUACUGGGAGAGCACCUACGACAUGGCGGAUGGCCCCAGUGGGCUCAGUGAUGUCAUGCUCACCGCUUACACGGCCUUCGCCCGCCUCAGCCUGCACCAUACCGCCACUGCUGCACCCCCACUGGGCACCCCACUCUGCAGGUUUGAGCCCAGGGGCUUGCCGUCCAGCGUGCACCUGUAUUUCUAUGACGACCAUUUCCAGGGCUACCUGGUGACGCAGGCGGUGCAGCCCUCAGCCCAGGGGCCGGCAGAGACGCUUGAGAUGUGGCUGAUGCCCCAGGGGUCGCUGAAGCUGUUGGGGCGCAGUGACCAGGCCAGCCGGCUCCAGAGUCUGGAGGUUGGCACUGACUGGGACCCCAAAGAGCGUCUUUUCCGGAACUUUGGGGGGUUAUUGGGGCCGCUGGACGAGCCUGUGGCCGUGCAGCGCUGGGUCCGGGGCCCCAACCUCACAGCCACGGUGGUCUGGAUCGACCCAACCUAUGUGGUGGCCACAUCUUAUGACAUCACAGUAGAUACGGAGACCGAGGUCACGCAAUACAAGCCCCCACUGAGCCGGCCCCUGCGGCCAGGGUCCUGGACUGUUCGACUCCUUCAGUUCUGGGAACCGCUGGGUGAGACCCGCUUCCUUGUGCUGCCCUUGACCUUCAACCGCAAACUACCUCUCAGGAAAGAUGAUGCCAGCUGGCUGCAUGCGGGACCCCCCCACAAUGAGUACAUGGAGCAGAGUUUCCAGGGCCUGAGUAGCAUCCUGAACCUGCCUCAGCCGGAGCUCGCAGAGGAGGCUGCCCAGCGGCACACACAGCUCACAGGCCCUGCACUCGAGGCCUGGACAGACAGGGAACUGAGCAGCUUCUGGUCUGUGGCCGGACUGUGUGCCAUAGGCCCCUCUGCUUGCCCCUCCCUGGAGCCCUGCAGACUGACCAGCUGGAGCUCUCUGUCCCCUGACCCCAAAUCAGAGCUGGGACCUGUCAAAGCAGACGGGCGACUCAGGUAGCAGGGCCCCAGCCAGUACCCGUGGAGAACCCGGGGAAUUGCACCUUACAGACAAUGGAGGGGUGUCCCCUCCCACAGGCAAGAACCAGAGGCCCAGGCUGCACACCCAUUCAGCCAUCAAGAACCCACACAGAUGACAGGGUGGACACAGUAUGAACUACUGCUGGUGUCUCUGCUGGGGAUCAGAGGGCUGGCGGGAACGUGAGAAGGGUGCCAGCAGCAUUCCACACCCAGCUCUUCCUUGCCUUCCUCUCUAGUUUUUUUUUUGUUUUUUUUUUUUAACUUAAAAAGGAAAAUGGAUGGUGGGGGGAGAAACUAGAACAGAAGAUGUGCAAUAGGGCUCAGAGCAGCCCCAGGAAGUGGGCCAUGUCUGUGGGGAGCAGGGGCCUGCCGAGCCCACCUGCUAUUGUUCUGGAUGAGGCUGGGCCUGCCUCACUCUCCAGGGCCUCAUCCCCCAGCGUGGGCCUGUGGUGCUCGUGGCUGAGGCUCCACGAGGGUGCAAGUGCCCUGCCAGGCUCUAAGGCCUGAAGAAUAGGUGAUAUGGGGGGCACUGCAGAGCUGGGCUCUAGCAGGACAGCUAUUUUGUAGCCAGGGGACCCUGGAAGUGGGGUGGGGCUGGCUCCAGGGCUUUCCAGCAUACCCUGCCCCUGGAUGGGAAAGGCAGGGUCAGGGCCCACUGAGAGCCAUGCAGAGUUUCCCAGGUGAGCACUGGAAGUGUGAGGUCACACGAGCAGCGUGGGAAGAAGACUCUGUCAAGACUCUCAGAAGAACCUGGAGUAAUUGUGCCUGAAGCUCAGCGUGAAGUCUGAAAUAUGCAACAGAAGAAAUAUAUCUCUCUCUCUCUA